AUGGAUUCCUUCCAAAGGUCCUUCAAGUCCCAUGGUGGCUCGCACAAGUACUCUUCCUCUCGCAGCCUCUCCCACGAUCUCGAGGAGCAGCCGAUCCUUCUUGAAAAAGAUGAUCCCGACCACAGUGGCGAGGUGGUAGUCAAGAUCGACGGAAACAGCCACCACCGUGGUCCCGCCGCGGGCUCCAUUGGAGGCGGGAACGUUCCCAAUCAAGUGUGGAGGGAAUCGAGCUAUGAGUUUUGGAAAUCGGAAGGCAAAGAUGGACGUCGAAUCCGAAAUGGAAAUGGAAAUGGAAAUGGCGGCGUCGGUCUUCGUGAUGAGGAAGGAGGAGAUGGGUUCAGCUUCAUGAGCCCGCAAGCGGAGAUCGCCGAGGAUCCCCCGUCGCGGCUCAUCCACACGUUCCUUGACCAACAGCGUUCCAAAGGCGCCGAGAUGACUUUGGACAUGGACAUGGAAAUGGAGGAGCUAAGGAGGAAUUCCAACUCCCCCACUACUGUAUUUGGCUCCAGGGAACCCCGAGUCUCCUUCCAAGCUCCCUCCAGAGAUGAACCCUAUUCUAAUCAACAAUCACCCUCGUCCGACGAUAACGAUACCGAUGACCCGGACGCUGGACUCCGGCAUAGAAAGACUUUGGCGGCGAUGCCUGAACUGAGUGGUGCCGGUGUGGAAGUGCUCCGCUGCACCUCAAAUUCUUCCCUCCGUCGCAACUCCACCAUGCUCCGCACCAAGACUCGUUCGAGGAUCAUGGACCCGGCGCCUCCUCUGGCGUCUCAGCCGCCCCAGACGGCAACUGGUAAUGAAGAGGUGAGGAGGUCCGGGUGGAUUCCCAUGUCCGGGCAGAUCAAGUCUGGGUUCAUCGGCGGCAAGUCACAGCGAAUGGAUGAGGACGACGAGGAUCCAUUCGUCGAUGAUCACAUCCCCGACGAGUUCAAGCGCACCGAUUUAAGUUGGCUCACAAUCCUACAGUGUGUGAGCCUAGUCCUCAUCGUCGCCGCGUUCGCAUGCAGCCUGUCCCUUCCGUCCCUCCGGUUGAUGACGCCUUUGGAGCUCCAUCUUUGGAAGUGGCUCCUCCUACUCUUCGUGCUCAUCUGUGGCCGCCUUGUCUCCGGAUGGCUUGUCCGUCUCAUCGUCUUCUGCAUCGAACGCAACUUUCUCAUCCUUCGCAAACGCGUCCUCUACUUCGUCUACGGCGUUCGGAGGGCAGUCCAGAACUGCUUGUGGCUCGGCUUCGUACUCCUCUCCUGGCAAUUAUUGUUCAACAAGAAUGUGCAAGGGCGGGUGAAGAGCCGCACUCUACCAAAAGUAACCAAGAUCCUGUUAUGCCUCCUCGUAGCCAACUUGUUUCGACUAGCCAAGACCCUGCUCGUGAAGGUCCUUGCUAGUUCCUUCCAUGUGAGCACCUACUUCGAUCGCAUCCAAGAGUCUCUGUUCAAUCAGUACGUGAUCGAGACACUCUCUGGCCCGCCGCUAAUAGAGAUUCAACACAUUAAGGAAGAAGAAGAACGGACGAUAGCGGAACUGCAGAGGCUGCGGGAUGCAGGGGCAAGGAUUCCAGCUGAGAUUGAGGCGGCAGCGCUGUCGAGUAAGAGCAGCAGGCUCCCUGGUACUGAAAACAUUGGGAAGAGUACACAAAUUGGUAAGAGCUUCAAGUUUCCGACACCCAAGCCUCAGGACGAAGGGAUUACGAUCGAGGAAUUACACAAACUCAACCAAAAGAACGUGUCGGCUUGGAGGAUGAAGAAGCUGAUGAGAAUUGUGCGAUAUGGGACUCUGACGACCCUUGAUGAGCAGGUUCAGCAGGGCGCCGGGGAAGAUGAUUCUGUCACCCAGAUACGCAGUGAAUUCGAGGCAAAGGUUGCCGCGAGAAAGAUUUUCAACAAUGUUGCCAGAUCUGGUGCCAAGUAUAUCUACUUUGCUGAUUUUUUGCGUUUUCUGAACAACGAUGAAGCUCAAAAGAUAAUGAGCUUGUUUGAGGGAGCACAAGAGAAAAACAGGGUCAGCAGGCGAUCCCUCAAGAACUGGGUGGUGAAUGCAUUUAGAGAACGUAGAGCUCUUGCUUUGACUUUGAAUGAUACAAAGACUGCUGUAAACAAACUCCAUCAAAUGGCAAAUGUUGUUGUAUCAAUCAUUGUAUUUGUUAUUUGGUUGCUUAUUCUGGACAUUGCCACCACCCAUUUCUUUGUUUUUCUAAGCUCUCAGCUUUUGCUGCUAGUCUUUAUUUUUGGCAACACUUUGAAGAUGGUCUUCGAAGCUAUUAUUUUCUUAUUUGCAAUGCACCCUUAUGAUGUAGGCGACCGCUGUGAAAUUAAUGGAGUCCAGAUGUGCGUGGAGGAGAUGAAUAUAUUGACAACAAUUUUCUUGAGGUAUGACAACCUUAAGGUUGCAUAUCCCAACUCCAUUCUGGCUACCUUGCCGCUUGCCAAUUUUUACCGCAGUCCAGAUAUGGGAGACUCAAUCGACUUCUGUAUUCAUGUUGCAACUCCUCUGGAAAAGAUUGCUAUGAUGAGAGAAAGGAUAGUGGGCUAUUUGGAGAACAAGAAGGAGCAUUGGUAUCCUGGUGGUCAGGUCGUUCUGAGAGAUGUUGAUGACGUGAACAGAUUAAAAGUAUCAAUUUGGAUGAGGCAUCGUAUUAACUUUCAAGAUAUGGGCGAACGGUUUCUGAGAAGAGAGCUUGCGGUCCAAGAGAUGAUCAAGGUAUUGAGAGAACUAGAUAUUGAGUAUCGCAUGCUUCCCCUUGAUGUGAAUGUGCGCAACAUGCCGGUUAUCAAUUCCACUCGUCUACCGUCUACCUGGACAACUCUCAAUUCGUAGGAAACUUCAGAUCAAAUUUUGUUUCC